AUGCCAAAUGAGAACAAUCAGGCUAGAGCACGAAAAAGCGGGGACCUGCCCAUCCCGGCCAUAACAGACGAUGCAGCGGAAAGGAAGAGGGUGCUGAAUGUGCUGGCGCAACGACGGUACCGAAAGCGACGGAAAGAGCGGUUGCAGAGACUACAGGCGCAGGUCGAAAACCAGGUGGCGGGCCGAGCUGGAACAGACGCAGCAGCAGCAGCAGCAGCAGCAGGAGGAGGAGGAGGAGGACUGAAUAAUGGCCAUCUGAACGGCCAGGAUCUCUCGCUUCUGUCGGUGCCAGUCAAUGGCAGGGACAAUGACCCCUUUGCAUCUCCCCAUGGCCAACCCCCAUCGGAUCUGGGCCGGUUCUUCGACUUUCAACCCGACUCGACAGGCGCCGACCUGGACCAGGACCUGUCUUCCCAGCUCCAGCUGUCCGAGUCUUCGACCUUCACCUUUCCGGACGACCAUAUCCUCGAAAUCCCCUCGCUGCGGCUGCUCAAUGCUGCAGUACAAGUCGCCCUCCGGCUGAACGUCGCCCAUCUCCUCUGGGACAUUGAUGCAGUGAGUCCGUUCUAUCGAGGGGCACAUACAUCGUCCUCAUCACUAUCAUCACUAUCAUCAAUGUCUUCAUCACCAUCCUCGGCCUUAUUGAGUUCAGACCUGGACUUAAACAUCGACGUCUCGCUCCCUAUCCACCUCCACCCAACGCGCACGCAACUCCUCCUUCCGCACCACCCAAUCCUCGACAUCCUCCCGUGGCCCAGCACACGCGACAAACUGAUCCAGAUCUUCAACCUCCCAACUCCCGUGCGUCCGCAGUCUGCCCAGGACCCGUUCGGCCUGUUCCGGCUGGUAUACGACAUGGAGGACGAGGGCGGCGAGGGAGUGAGGGUUACCGGUGCGGACGUGUUUGAUCCAGGUAGCUGGGAGAUCGGGCAGGUUGUGUUUCAGCGGUGGUGGUGGGCUUUCGAGGCGCACUUGGUCCAGAGGUGGGAUUGCGUUCGGAGGGCCAGGGGGGAAAGUGCGUUGGCGAUGCGCGCCGGUGCUGGCGCUGCUCCUGAUACUGAUGCUAGUACUGGAUGA